AAGAAUUUACGUGACGUACCCGGAUGUACCCCGACACAUGCGGAAGUAACCGUUAGCUUCGGUGGCUAAAAGCUAAACGCAACGACCAUUUGUGGAAUUAAAAUCCAAACACUCGACAUGUUUCAGCAGCGCUUAGUGUCACCGGGAGAUUUAACCUCGCGCUGAAAGUAGCGUUAGCUCGUCUCUUUAGCGUUCUCAUGUUAGCCGAGGCGUCAGCAGCAGAAGAUGCGGGGACGUUCACACCGAGUUUGUCCCCAGAUCAGCAGCGAGAGCUGGCGAAGAAGAUCACCGCGUUUCUGUCUCAGUACAGACACCUGUCCGACACGUACAGGAUUGAGUUCUUCACUGAGGAUCUCUGGAGCACAUUACCCAGCAGCUGGCAGGCCGCGCUGCAGGACCUGUCCUAUCCACAGGUCGCUGACCUUUUACUGGACGUGACACAUGGAGACAGGAGUUAUCCUACCGUGUGGCCCCUGUCGCUGUUGGCUUUCCGUGCCACCGCUCAUGCUCUGGCGUUUCCCAGAGAGUGCAGGCAGGAGCGAGGCAGCUCGGUCAAACCCGAGGAGCGCCAGAAGAACCAGAGUCAGCGCUCGUUGCUGGACCACAUCUUCAGGAAGCACGUCAAGCCCAAGAAGCAGUAUGAGAUCGACAAGCUGGGCACGCUGGUGAAACAACUGUGUGGCCUGACCGACUGCAGCAGAGUGGUGGAUGUCGGCUCUGGACAGGGUCAUCUGACUCGUUUCCUCUCCUUUGGACUCGGGUUGUCGGUGACCGCCAUCGAGGCUGAUCGGGCCCUGGUCGCCAUGGCGUCCAAGUUUGAUGAACAGCUGCUCUUGGCGUUGGAGAAGCAGAAAAAGAACGUCUUGUCUCAGCUUCCAGCACCACAGUCCCCUCCCCGCCACGUGGCCGGAUGGGUUAACCCCAAGGAAUCAUGGGAGCUUUUCAUUAAGCAACUGAGUACAGCAGAGUGUUUCAGCGAAGAUCCUCCAACUCCAUGUGGACCCAGCAAAAAGCGACUGCGGGGAUCGGAGCAACAUCAGGGGCGUUCCCAUGACUCCACAGACUCUCAGGACUUUGAGUCGCCAUCAGAACUCCAGCCAAGCAAGAAUGAGCCUGGAGAGCAGUCCGGUCCUGAGAACUGCUGCCCAUGCGUCCAGCCUGUCUGUCAGGAGGAGCUUUGUCCUAAAGAAAACCGCCUGCGGGAUUAUCCAGACUUUAUCCUGACCGGUCUCCAUGCCUGUGGGGACCUCAGCGCCACCCUCCUCCGCCACUUUGUCAGCUGCCCGUAUGUUCGUGGCAUCACCUCCGUGGCGUGUUGCUACAUGAAAAUCACCACUGAAGAGAACCCCAACCAUCCGGGACUGGUUGAACCACCCACUCCACCGACGCUGGGUCGGGAAUCAGGUCCCUCGGAGUUCGGUUACCCUAUGAGCUCCUGGGUGCGGGGGUUGUCGGGACAUCAGCUGUCCUAUCAGGCGCGAGAGGGGGCGUGUCACGCCGUGGAGGACUACGUGCUGAGGCUCAGGGAGGAGGGCGAGCAGCUGAGGAUACACUGUUACCGGGCGAUGCUGGAGACGUUCAUCAGGGACAAGAGGCCGGAUCUACGUCGAGCAGGAAUCCAAACUAUAAAGAAAGCUCACUUAUUACCAUUUACAGAGUACGCCCAGCUGGGUCUGGCUCGGGUCAGCCUGCCGCCCGAGUUACCCCUGGACCCGGAGCGGGUGGAGACCAUGCUGAAGCAGCAGGGCAGGGUGGUGGUGUACUCCAGCUUGGCGCUGCUGCUGGCUCCGGUGGUGGAGACGCUGGUGCUGCUGGACAGGAUCAUCUACCUGCAGGAGAACGGUGUGGACAGUCAGCUGGUCGCUCUGUUCCACCCAAACUUCUCUCCCAGGAACCUUGUGCUGGUGGCUCUGAAGCACCGUGAAUGAAAGAUGAAAAAAGUCAAGUUCUCCUUUAGGUUUUUUAUUUUAUUUUACAGAUAUUAAAUAAUGGCUCUUUUUGGGUGGCACUGUCUCAGCUGCCGACACAUUUUUACCGUGGAGCCGUUCAGAUGUUCAGCUUCGAAGGAACAUGCUGGAAAUCUGAAGAACUUGAAUGUUGGACACACAAUGAACGUGGACUGUGCUGAAUCCAUGCAGGAGCUUUUAGACCUUUAGAUGUGGUUUUAUUCACAUCACGUCAGCCUGAUCAUCACGUUUUCUCCACCACAGAACAGAAGCAGGUGUGUGUUUGGAUCUUGUGGCAUGGUUUAGUUUGUGCCUCUAUGAAAAUGUGUCUUUUUGCUUGUUUUUAUGUUAUUGUAUUUUUUUAUUCCAUUACCGCCGUCCUUUAAAGCCGUGCUGGAGAAUCGUGUUCUGUGCUUUACUGGACGUGGACCACAAAGCAAUUAACAAAACAUGUGCUUUUAAUUUCAGGCACAGCAGCAUGACAACUGUGUGUAAAUGAAAACAGACAAAACUCUUUCACGUUUUCCUUUGUUUCAGUUUGUGGUGAAAACAGUUGGAGAUGAAGCUGUUGUGUUUACAAAUGUGAAUAAAAGUCCAGUAUUGUC